AUGAUAAUGAUGAUGAUGACGACGACGAAGCAUUACACUUUCUGGAUUCUGUUGAUCUUUUCCAUCUCGAUGGCUUCUUGCUCCACGAUCCCAUCGCUUGGAGGUAAAAAACAUGGGGUUCGUUUUUCCUUCACUUUCUCGGCUUGUUUUCCAGCUCCAGAAAUCGGAAUCAACUAUGGUCGUUACGGCUCCAAUCUUCCUCCACCGGAAGCCAUCCCAUCGCUAGUCAAUUCUCUCUCAAUCAAGCAUGUCAAAACCUUCGACAUGGAUCCAAGAGUCACCAAAUCAUUCGCCAACACCGGAAUCUCUCUCUCCCUCUGUAUCCCCAACGACAAGAUUCCGAUUCUAGCGUCCAAUGCCUCCGAAGCCGAAUCAAUCAUCAGGACUUUCAUCUUGCCUUACCACAAGAACACGAUCAUCACAUCAAUCGCCGUCGGAAACGAAGUCUCGCUCAUGCCGCAAUUCUCGAGCCACCUCGUCUCGGCUAUGGAGAACGUUCAUCAAGCAAUCAAGAGGUACCGAUUGCACAAGAAGAUCAAAGUCUCCACCACGCAUUCCCUCGCGAUUCUAUCCCGGCGAUUCCCUCCCUCGGCCGCGAUUUUCCACAAAUCGAUCGCUGAAUCGGUUUUGAAACCACUCGUGAGGUUUCUGCAACGAACAAAUUCUCCUCUCAUGGUGAAUGUCUACCCAUACCUCGCAUACAAACAAUCAUUCCCUUCGAUUCCACUGGAUUUCGCUCUGUUCCAGCCCAUGAACAACUCCAAACGCCGGAAAUACACCGAUCCGUACAGUGGAGUCACAUACACCAACCUGUUCGACAUAAUGUUGGAUUCUGUGGACUCCGCCGUGAAAUCUCUGGGGUUGCCGAAGAUUCCGAUGAUGGUGUCUGAGAUUGGGUGGCCGUCGAGUGGAGAUCCCGGCGAAGUAGCUGCUAAUUUGGAGAACGCUAGGGUUUUCAACCAACGGCUGAUUCAGCAUCUGAAAAGAAGAGGAUGGAAUAAGAUUCCUGUGUAUAUCUUUGCUCUGUUCGACGAAGAUCAGAAAACCGGCGCCACCGUGGAGAAACACUGGGGACUGCUGUAUGGUAACGGCUCGAGGAAAUAUGAUCUGAAUAUCUCGCCGCCGAUUUGA